CCCCCUCUUUCAUUCAAAUUUGACAUUCCAAAGUGUUUAUGUUUUUGGAGGUUAUCUACGUGGAACUUUAAAAAAUAUUGAACAAAAAUCACACAAACCCUCAAUAACAAUGGCACCACCACGUAAAUACAUCGACAACAUCCUCGCCCGAUUAAAUUUCCCUCUUUAUACGGUCCAAAUGUUGACAAAUCGGCACGUAAUCGUCGGCGGAGGUGGAGGCUCUUCAAAAACUGGAGUGGCAAACGGCUUUGAAAUAUUCGAGUUAGCUCACGACGGCACAAAAUUUGUAGCUGAAGAAAUCACAAGACAUGAAACUGGACCGAGUGUGGUUAUGAAUUGCUCGACCCAUUGUGAUAAUAAACAUUCUUAUUUGGUGGUGGGGCAAGAGAGUCACUUGCAGUUGUACAAUGUUGGAAGCGUUCUAGUCACUGAGGAGGAUGAGAUUGAAACGAUAGGGCACAAUCAUGCCAAUGAAGUUAAGCAACGAAAGGCCAAAAAUAAACAGAAAACGGACAAUAAUAGGAACUCUAAGAGGUUGAAGUUUGUAAUAAAGCCGUCAGAUAGUGUUCAGACGGAUUUUCAGGGGGAGGAGCCGUUGUUGAGAGUGUCUCGGAUUCAUCCUACUGGGAAAAUUUUAGUCACAGGAGGAACCGACGGCGUCGUCAGGCUGUGGAAGUUUCCCAGUCUUCAGCCCGCCCACGUGCUCAAAGCACACUCAAAAGAGAUCGACGAUUUAGAUUUUAGCGUUUACGAGAACUAUUUAAUUUCAAUUGCGAAAGACGGCAUUGCGGUUCUCUGGGAUUGCUCCAAAGGCAAGGAAAUUCGAAGACUGACGUGGACGCAGCCGGAGGGUUCCAAAUAUUUGUACAAACGCGCUCGGUUCGGAGUAAUAGAAGGCGAAGACAGAAAGUCCGCGUUGUACAUGCUGGCGAACCCGACAGGUCUACCGAAAAAACAAAAGUCGUACUUGCAGCAGUGGCUACCCGAUGAGGGGGUUAUCAAGAAGUCGGCGGAAAUCGACGAGAGUCUUGCGGCUUUGGCGGUGAGGAACGAUGGGAGAUUUGUGGCGGUUGGCACCAUGUUUAGCGGAUCGGUGUUAAUUUAUAUAGCUUUUAGUCUACAAAGGGUAUUGACUAUACCCGGAGCACAUUCCAUGUUUGUCACUGGGCUGGAAUUCUUACCAGUGUCUGAAAAUCACACUGUUACCAGUGUAGCAGAGGCGGCUGUGCUGUCAAUUUCUGUAGAUAAUCACGUUUGUAUACACACCUUGCCGUACAGACGAACUAUGCCGGCCUUCGUAGGGAUUUUGAUAUUGGUUUUAACUUUAUUUUUAACGUUUGUGUUUUGUUCCUACAUAGGUCUAUGAUUAUAAUCAAUAGGUGAUGAGUUUGGUUUUGUACAGCGGUGGUUCACAGAAUACAAAUAUUUACAAGAAA